AUGCAUUCAAAUUAUGCAUCAAACUUGCCACCUGAUGAAAGCCUACAAAAUGGAGAAAUAUUGGGAUAUUAUAUUGGGUAUAAGAUCAGCAAUUCAUCAGAGCCAUUCCAUUACAAAACUUUUGAAGUAACCCCUGGAAUGGAACUGCAAAAUACAUUGAAUGAAUUGCAGAAAUUUACAGAGUACAGUGUCUUAGUUCAAGCAUACAACAGAGCUGGCGCUGGCCCACACAGUAAAGAAGUCACUGCUACAACAGAGGAAGAUGUGCCAGGAGCACCACCUAGUGAUGUUCAGUGCACAGCAUUGUCCUCACAGAGAAUUUUAGUGCUGUGGUCUAGUCCUCCAGAAUCUGCUAUCAAUGGAAUACUGAAGGGUUACAAAGUACUCUACCGCUCACUGGCAGACUUUGAAGACUUCUCACAUCCUGUGGAACAAAUAACAAGAGAGAAUAAAUUGGAAUUAGCUAAUCUUGAUCGAUUCUGUAACUACAGUAUAGAAGUUUGUGCGUUUACCAACAAAGGUGAUGGUGUUAAAAGCCGGCCAAUAUUUUGUAGGACGUUGGAGGAUGUACCCAGCGAACCUGCAGACAUAAAGGCUCUUAUAAUGGAUUCAAGAACAAUUCUAGUCUCUUGGAGACCUCCAAACUACCCAAAUGGUAGAAUCCAGAAGUACAAAGUGUAUGUGAGAUCACUGGAUGGAAUAGGUUUGGACAAGGACAGCUUUGACAUCCCUGCUGAGCAGACCUUUUACACUAUCACUCAUUUAGAGUUGCAUCAUCGUUAUGAAUUCUGGGUGUCAGCAUUUACAGCAGUUGGAGAAAGUGCUGGGUCCAGACAUAUCGUGCAGGCUCCAGCAAGUCAUGUACCUGCACAAAUAGCAUCUUUCACACAACAGGUGAUAGCUGUACUUCAUGAAGACUUGCACCUCUCUUGUAACUAUGUUGGAGAACCGGCACCACUUCGCCACUGGAGAAAGAAUGAAAAACCAGUGCAAGACAGCAGUGUGAAAAUUAAUGAUGAAUGGCAGCUUUACAUCAGUCCAGUAAGAGCUUCACAUGCUGGAAACUACACAUGCUCUGUGGAAAACAAAUUUGGGAAAGAUGAGAUAACAUAUUAUGUGAAAGUUCAAGGAUUUUCUAUACAUUUCAAAAGGGAAUUUGGAGAAUGGGAAAAAAUAGUAUUAACAGCAGAUGAUCUGAGUUAUUUAUUGAGUAAUCUCCAAUGUGGAACCAGAUAUUAUUUGUAUCUGCAGACCUUCAACCAACUGGGGCAAAGUUCACCUACACCCACAAUCAUGACACGCACUCAAGGCUCAGCUCCAGUGGCUCCAAGCAGUGCAGACUUGAUAAAAGUGAACUCUACUUCGAUAUCUCUGAACUUGACUUCUUGGAAUGAUGGUGGAUGUCCAAUAACAUCACUUGUUGUAGAGUAUAAACAAAAGAAAGCAAUAGCAUGGACACUUGUUUCGAAUAAUAUCAAAGUAGAAAAAGCGGAAUUCUUAGUACUGGAUCUGGAUCCAGAAACCUGGUAUACAUUACGCAUUACAGCUCAUAAUAGUGCUGGAUCAACUGCAGAGGAAUACAACUUCGUAACACUUACAUAUGGAGGAGCCACAAUUUCACCCGAUACAGCAGAGCAUUCAGUAUCUGAGGACAAAACGUUUUAUAAUGAACUUUUGAUAAUAGGACCAACAGCAUCAGCAGUUAUUGUUCUUAUAGCAGCUGCCACUGGUCUUUUCAUGUAUCUCAGGAAAAAUCAAGAGAUGUUCUCAUCAAACCAAUUUGGAGAUAAACCAUUGAAGAAGGAUUUAAUGUCAGAAGCAGAUAAGAGGACUGUUGCACCCAUUUAUGACAGUGAUGAUGGACUGGUCGCACUAAGUACAACACCACAGGAGUCUGUGUACCUGCCUACACCACUGCAAGUUUCACAUUCUCAUAGAAAAGGCAUAAGCCCCUAUGCAACAUUUCGAGUUCCUUUAGAAGGAUCAAUGAAAAAUGCUGAAAAUAUUGAGUCACGUGUGUCAUCUGGAUCUUUUCAGUACACUGGAAAUGUUAAGAUCUCAGAAAAGCCUGACUGUUGUACAGAAUUGACAUAUUCAAAAAUCCAAGAGAAUUCACAGUGUAGUAAUGAAGGACCUGAGUGGAUACCACUUCAUAAUUUGUACCAGGCUCAUAGAUACUAGUGGCCAACCUUCU